AUGUCACGUAAAAUCGUUUUGCAACUGAAAGCCGAAGCCAAAGCUUUGUAAAAUGGAGCCUUAAAACUCCUUCCUAAUUGAACCGGAUCUAGGCUUUUCAAAUCCCCGUUCUCCAAACCAUUUCAACUGGAUACAGGCUUUUAAGUUUUCCAUUCUCAAGCCAAUUUUUUCAGGAAUUAGUUCUCUAUUCACAGCAAUGUUGAAGCAUGGAAGUAGAUCAAAGGCAUGGCAUGGACCUCAAAAGUCUCAGUUGCCAGUUUUUGUCACAUCUUUGGUCUUGAUCUUUGUGACAUUGAUAUUAUUAUAUUCCAGCAAUCACAAAAACCCUACUGAUUUAUCAUUUGGACUUUUGAAGCAAAAAUGGAAUAGCUUUGAGUCUGCAGUAAAUUUCGACCCAACUAUAGAGUUCAGGAAUGGGACAGACAUGAUAUGGCAAAUACCUGAUUCACCCAAGGCAGUUCUCUUUCUGGCACAUGGGUGCAAUGGCAGGGCUGUUAACUUUUGGGACAGGUCUUCUAAGUGCCCAAAGUGCAUUGGCUUGCCUGAGGAAAGGCUGCUUGUCCUGCAUGCACUUACUCGAAAAUUUGCUGUUCUUACCAUAUCUAGUUCACGGAGAUGCUGGACAUUGAGGGAAGAAAGGGUAAUUGUUAAAGAUAUAAUACAAUGGUGGGUUGAGAGACACAAGUUUGAGAAACUUCCACUUGUGGCUUUGGGGGCCUCUUCUGGUGGGUACUUUGUUUCUGCACUAGCCACUAAUUUGAGGUUUAGUAGUGUUGCUCUUAUGAUUGCUGAAGGGAUGUUUGAUCAAAUGGAUAUCCCGGAGGACUAUCCACCUACACUUUUUGUGCAUAUGCCAAAGGAUUCAUAUAGGCAACGUAAAAUAGGUGAGUAUAUGGAAGUGCUGAGGAAUAAAGGCAUUGAUGUUGCAGAGGUUGAAUGCAUGGAGUUUCCCCUGUCUCGAAAUUUCUUAGCUGACAGAGUUCCAGGUCUUGAGCAGGCAGUUUCUGGAAAACUAUUUGAGCUAUUUCGGGACAAGGGCUUUAUUGAUGAGAAUGGAUAUAUGAGGAAUGAUGGGCGUGCAACACAUUGGAAAGAAGCACUCCGGGAAAGCAAGGCCAUUGUGCUAGAUAAAAAAUUGGUUCUUCAUGUCCAGGAAGAACUAAAUCUUGCAUUUGCAUACCAUGAAAUGACUAGCCUGCAGUCGGAGCAGAUCUUUAAGUGGUUUGAAACUCAUAUGAGCUGAUCAGGGCUGCAUUAUGAUUUAUGAACACUUUUUCUUCCGCAGCCUUGGAGCUUUGUGGCUGUAUGCAGUAAAAGAUUGCCUAGUUUCUUCAAUGGAACACCUUGAUUUCGGAAUGAUGUGCGGAAUUUGUGGAAUCUGUUCCUUGAAACACGUGUGAGACCAGAUGAUAAAUCAACACUUGUGGUUAAUUAAUAUUGAAGCUACAUAUUGAAUUGAAGACUGAAGAGUGUAUCGGAUAAGUCCCAGAAGUUGGUAAAUGUUAGCCUGUCUGUAAAAAGAAAAUAAAAAAUCUCAUCACACAUCUUGAAAUCUUUUUCAUCUUUAUGGAAUUACGGAGUUAUUUUCGUUGGUUCUGCUAUGAGGUACCGUAUCACUAAUCUACUGUUCUGUUUGGCAUUACUCGCCAUUUGCACCUGAUUCAUAACCACAUAAUGUAUGUACGUAAAUGAACAAUUGGCUUUUAUUGUAUUCACUGCUCUAUGUUUGUCAUAGCAUUGAGUAUAAGAUAAUUUCGAAUAA